UAAGCUUCAGUUUCAAAUUUAAUUGGAAAAGGUGAUCAAGGUGUAAUAAAAUAUUUUUCUUAUAUAUAUAUAUAUUAUAAAUACAUCAUAUUUCACUUGAAAGUUAAUUUAGUUUUAAUAAUAAAAUCGUCGAGGGAAAUUGUGCAAAUAAAAAACAGAAAUAAAAAAAAAAAAAGUGUUGAAGUUGAAUGAAUUGGUCAAAAUUUAAUAAGAAGCCUUUAUUUCCGGAAACUCGAGAACAAGAAGAAGAAGAAGAAAAUUCCAUUUUGGAAAAUAGUAUUCACGAGGUUUCGGAAUUACACGUAAUUCUCACUAAAUCAAAUGUAAAUUCAAAAAAUUCUAAACAAAAUUCCAGUAGUAAAAAUAUGAUUAACAGUGAUACAUUCAUUAAAGAAGAGGAAGAAAAUGAAAAAGAAGAAGAAAAAAAUAGAAAACAAAGUGAAGAAAUUGCUGAAGACGAUUUAAAAUCAGAAGAUGAUAUUAAAAAUGAAAGUGUAAUUCGUGAUUGUCAAAAUAAUUUUGAGUGUUCCAUUCCUCCUUAUAUAGUCGAGGAAAAAUGCAUUUUUGGUGUUAUCGAUAAAAAUAAAUCACUCUCCGAAUCGAGUAUAUUUGAAAAAUAUAUUUUCUUUACAAAAGAAUCAACAUCGGAAGCUGAUUUGAAUAUUAUAAAAUUGGAAAAAUCAAAAUCCCUCGAUGAAGAUAGUUUUCAUUUAUUAAAGGAAGAAACGUCAUCAUUAAAUAUUAGUAGUGAUUUAUGGUUCUCGCCACGUUCUAGAUUUUCUAAUGUUGAAAAUAAUUCCAAUCAAUCAUCAUCGACAAAAAAUGAAUUAGAAUUAGAGGGAAUAAAAUUUGAAGAAACUGCAUCGUCAGAUAUUGAAUUAGAAAUGAAGAAUGAAAAUGUAUCAAAUGAUUUUGAAUUUUCCUUUUCUAAGGUGAGCAGUACUUUGAAGAAUGCAAAUGAAAUAUUAUCUAGUUCACAGUCUGACAUCGAUUCAUCAAAUGAGACUUAUUGGAUCAAGUCACAUGACACUACUAUUACUAUCAGUGGUAGUAGUGAUAGUAGUAGUAGUAAUGAUUCAGAAUCCGAGUCAUUAGAAAGAAAAUCGUCAGUGGAUAUUUCAAGUAACAGUGUGGAAAGUAUUGAGGAUUUUCAAUCACUUAUAAGUGAUCGAAUUGAAGAAGGCGUACCAUUUCCUCCAUCUCGUAAACUAACAAUAGCAGAGGUCUUCGACACGCGAACAGGGCGACCACGACCUGAAGUGCUUAAGCAACAUUUUAUUCUUGAAGGUAGAAUAGAUGAAGCUGCAGCACUUCGAAUUGUUAAUGAUGGAGCUGCUCUUCUUCGUUCGGAAAGAACGAUGAUAGAUAUCGAGGCACCUGUCACUGUCUGUGGUGAUAUUCACGGCCAAUUUUAUGACUUGAUGAAAUUAUUUGAGGUUGGCGGACCACCGUCAACAACAAAGUACCUCUUUCUGGGUGACUAUGUUGAUAGAGGUUACUUCAGUAUUGAGUGCGUUUUGUACCUGUGGGCAUUGAAACUGUGCCAUCCAACCACACUCUACCUCCUUAGAGGUAACCAUGAGUGUCGUCAUCUUACGGAAUACUUCACAUUUAAACAAGAAUGUAAAAUAAAAUACUCAGAGAAGGUGUAUGAUGCAUGUAUGGACGCAUUCGACUGUCUGCCGCUUGCUGCUCUCAUGAACCAGCAAUUUCUCUGUGUUCAUGGUGGCCUUUCGCCGGAAAUUCACAAUUUAGACGACAUACGUUCCUUGGAUAGGUUCAAAGAGCCACCUGCUUACGGUCCCAUGUGCGAUAUUCUGUGGUCAGAUCCCUUAGAAGAUUUUGGAAAUGAAAAAAAUGCUGAGCAUUUUUCUCACAACAGUGUUAGAGGAUGUUCAUACUUUUACAGUUAUACGGCAUGCUGUGAUUUUCUCCAAAGUAACAAUCUUUUAAGCAUUAUAAGGGCUCACGAAGCUCAAGAUGCUGGUUACCGUAUGUACCGUAAAUCCCAAGUAACGGGCUUCCCAUCGUUAAUAACAAUAUUUAGUGCUCCAAAUUAUCUCGACGUAUAUAAUAAUAAAGCGGCUGUGCUCAAAUACGAAAACAACGUGAUGAACAUCAGACAGUUCAACUGUUCACCACAUCCCUAUUGGUUACCUAAUUUUAUGGAUGUUUUUACGUGGUCUUUACCAUUCGUUGGAGAAAAAGUCACUGAAAUGUUAGUAAACGUAUUAAACAUUUGUUCCGAUGACGAGUUGAUGAGCGACGGAGAUGAGGGACUGGAAGAAGUCGCAGCCAAAGUUGUUGUCCAAAAAAAGAAUGGUGCAGCAGCCAAUCUCCGCAAGGAAGUUAUUAGAAACAAGAUCAGGGCCAUUGGAAAGAUGGCGCGUGUCUUCUCCGUUCUCAGGGAAGAAAGCGAGAGUGUUUUGCAGCUUAAAGGACUUACACCGACAGGAUCUCUCCCACUAGGCGCUUUAUCCGGAGGAAAAACAUCUUUGAAAAAUGCGCUGCAAGGCUUCUCGCCGAAUCACAAGAUUACCUCAUUCGCCGAAGCUAAAGGGUUAGAUGCAAUUAAUGAAAGAAUGCCACCACGAAGGGAUGCUCCUCCAACGCCAGCCAUCGAGGAACGACCUGUAGAAAAUUCACCCGCUGACGCUGGAGAAAGGCGGGACCAUAACGGGCCACAACAACAAUCGUGAGCCUCGUCCAAACGAG